AUGGCGGCAGCGUCGGCCAACGGGCAGGAGGUGCCGAACAAGCGGGUGAUCCUGAAGAGCUACGUGACGGGGUUCCCCACGGAGGACGACAUGGAGGUGGUCACCGGCACCGCGCCUCGCCGUGCCGCCGGGGUCGGCGGCCAUGGUGGUCAAGAACCUCUACGUCUCCUGCGACCCGUACAUGCGCGGCCACAUGACUAA